CAUUGGCAACUCUGAAUAUAAAAAAUAAUGUUGUGCAAUGUAACAUAAAUUCUACAAUGGUAUAAAUUAGUUGUUAUACAUUGUUUGAUUCAAACACGGUCGUAAUGGGGAAAAUUUUAUCAAUUGUAUCACGACAAGUUAAGUUGUACAAUGUCGAAAAUCGUGCUCAAAAAGUUAUAUCCCAAGCUAAGCCUCAAUCUGCGCCGAUGUUCGAGUCGAACCUAAAAGAUCUUGACAGAGUUUUAAGCGAACAUCCCGAUUUGAUACAGAAGCUAAAUACAAAAAAUAAGGAACUGGACGAAAAUUUAAAAGUCAUCUUUGUUACAUCAACGGAUUCUCAGCACAAAUCAAUGCAUACCAAAGAUUCGACUAAAUCUUUACCUUCCGAUCGUGCAAUAGCAGAUGAUUUUGAGUUUGGACAUCUGGAGCCUCUUAAAAUUUCCAGAGGGCAUUGUACCUUACGUCAAGCGAUAAAAUUUAUUUCUGAUCAUCAUAGCUCUCAAUCUGAAUGGACAGUGAGCAAAAUAGCAAAAGAGUAUAGUAUCAGAGAACCGGUAAUUCAGAACAUUUUGAGUUACUUUAAAACUUUUGAACUACACAUGCCAGACAAAAAUGCCGAAAAACGAAAUAUUUUGUUGAAGUUUCCCAAUAAAACUCGUUCAAUAGAGUAAAAAUAAAUUUAUUCAAAAACUCAAA